GAGGGGGAAGGCUGAUUGUUUAAGGAGUGGAAAAGAGCGAAAGGGCAAAAGGGGGUAAUUGUGAGACGGUUGUGCACCGCACGUUGUUGGUUCACCGCCUCACGCUACCGAGUAUGCCGUGCUGUGAUGCCAAUGCCGAGGGACUUGGUUGGAGUUUUCCAGAUUGUUCGGGGAAUGUCUUGUAGGUAAGUACCUACAUGUGUACGAGUAUAAGACUUGGGGUUGUUGGCUUUUCGAUAAUAGGUAGAGUAGAGUUACUCGUUACUUACAUAUUGACUUGGAUUUCUAAUUUUAUGCAGACACACACACAACUUGUUACAAGAAAACGUAGGCAUUUGUGCGAAAUCGGGUCUUUGCGUUUCGUCUAUAAGCAAUUUUUAGUCUAUAGCGAUUAACCUCUAGAUUUAGACCAUGAUUUAUGCGAUUUGAAGGCAUUUGAUUAGAACUUACAUACUUACUUAGUGUGUCAAAAACAAUCAAGAAAACUGAGCAAAAUCUGUACCGAAAGUCGACAAGUCUAAAGAUAUACAAAAUAUUUCAUUCUCAAAAUGGAUGACAAUUACAAAAAACUUCCAACAUCAAGUCCAAUCAUAAACUUAAUUUCCGGUGCGGCAGCUGGUGUUUUAGAGUUUGGUCUAAUGUAUCCAUUGGAUUCGGUUCGAACGAGAAUGCAAAGUCUACAACCCGAAUAUUCAGGCUCAAGUAUCUAUAGAACCUUUAUGGAUAUGAUCAAGUCCGAGGGUCUUCUCAGGCCCGUUCGAGGUGUGUCAGUUGUAAUUGCUGGAACGAUACCCGCCCAUGCUCUCUACUUUUGCUCCUAUGAAAUGUGCAAGGAAUUUUUGGGGAGAUUCUCAGAUCAGACAAAUAUCAAUUACACAACAUCAGCAGUGAUUGCAACAAUUCUACACGACGCGAUCGCUAAUCCUACCGAUGUCAUUAAGCAACGUAUGCAAAUGUACAAUUCCCCAUAUAAAUCGGUGCUGUCUUGCGUGAAGGGCAUCUACCAGGACGAAGGACCAAAGGCAUUCUAUCGAUCUUUUUCAACUCAAUUGAUUAUGAAUGUACCAUUUCAAGCGAUACAAUUUAUCACCUAUGAAUAUAUGCAAGUUCUUAUGAAUCCACAAAGAGAGUACAGUCCUUUGGUGCAUGUUGUUGCUGGGGGAGCAGCAGGGGCUACAGCUGCAGCCUUAACAACGCCAUUAGAUGUAAUCAAGACAUUAUUGAACACUCAAGAAAUCGGAUUUACACGAGGCAUGAUGGAAGCCAUACAAAAAAUUUUUAAAAUUGCCGGACCUAUGGGUUUCAUGAAGGGUUUUACAGCGAGGGUCUUAUAUACAAUUCCAGGUACAGCUAUUUGUUGGACAACUUAUGAAUGCAUGAAAUACUACUUGGGGGAGAUGAAUAAAACAGGCAAGGACCAAUAAGAAAUGAAGACAGAGAUGAAUUUUGUUUAUUUAUUUUGAUAUUUUUUUUUUUGACGUUCGAAAAUGAUUUCAUGUAAAUAAAACAUUUCA